AUGAAGGACCCUCAGCUACCAGGAACCAAAUUCCACAAGGUCUGGCCAAAAAGGCAUGCGGAUAAGAAAACAAAGAACGAAAUGGCGGUCAAAACCACCAGACCUGCACUGCCGGCGUCCAAAGUACCAGCUUUAACAGCAGAGCAACAAAUGAAGCAGACGCCAUUUGAGAGGGUCGUCUAUGACAUGUCCCACAAUGAACGAGUCGUCAAUGACAUCAUUCUGGGCAAACGGAUAGCCUUCUACGAACUCCGAGGGGAAAUAGGCACCGGCAAUUUCUCUCAAGUCAGACUUGGCGUUCAUGCCUUAACUAAAGAGCGUGUUGCAGUCAAAAUUCUUAAUAAAAUGCGCCUGGACAAGAAGACACAGACUUUAUUUGCUUCUGAAAUCUCCUGCAUGGAAAGACUGCUGCAUCCAAAUAUUGUGCGUCUUUAUGAAGUGAUAGAAACAGGUAAGCACUUGUACCUGGCUAUGGAGUACGGCAGUGGAGGAGACCUCUUCUCACGGAUCAGCACCAGGGGGCGCCUACCAGACCUGGAGAGCAAGCUCAUCUUUGCCCAGAUCAUCUCUGCCGUCAAAUACAUGCACGACAGCAACAUUGUCCACCGUGACCUGAAGGCAGAAAACAUCUUCUACACCACCAGCUACUGCAUCAAAUUAGGCGACUUUGGCUUCAGCACAGUCAGCGGGCCGGGCGACAUCCUGACCACGUUCUGCGGCUCUCCCCCUUACGCAGCACCUGAGCUUUUCAAAGAUAAGAGCUACAUGGGCCGCUAUGUGGACAUCUGGGCCCUGGGAGUUCUGCUGUACUUCAUGGUGACUGCUGUCAUGCCAUUCCAUGCGGACAACCUGGGCCGACUGAAGCGCUGCAUCCUGCAGGGGUCGUACACCAUCCCCCAGUACGUGCCUGAGCCGUGUCAGCAGGCCAUCAAAGGCAUGCUGAGGCCUGUGCCUCCUGACCGCAGUAGCAUUGCCCAGCUAAUGACCUGCUCCUGGCUGAGUGGCAUCGACUACCCCAAGCCUUAUCCCACCCUCAGCCUGACGCCCGACCACUUGGUAGACCCGUCCCACAAUCUGUGUGCAGAGGAACAAGAAGUGACAAAAGCGCUUAAGGACUUGGGCAUAAGCAGCUCACACCUGCAGAACAACACUUGCACAGACUUGCGGAGCCCCAUCACGGGAACGUAUCGCAUCCUACUACACAGCGUUCAGAAGCAGAGGUCAGUGGAGGCGGUGGGAUAUUCUGCACUGUAUCCCGAGGACUUCAGGGAUAGCAAGCACUGGGACAGCAAGCACGACCCGUCCGCUGUCUGCACUGUGCUGUAG